AAGGCGCCGUUGCUGCUGGGUGGUGUGCUGCGGCCGUAUCAGCAGUCUGGUCUCGAGUGGCUGGCGAGUUCGCACUCGAACCUUCUCAAUGGGAAAUUGGCGGACGAGAUGGGGUUGGGGAAAACUAUUCAGACCAUUUCGGUGCUGGCGCAUUUGGCGUGCGACCGCGGUAUUUGGGGCCCUCAUUUGAUCAUCGUGCUGACUAGCGUGCUCCUCAACUGGGACAUGGAGUUCAAGAAAUAUCUUCCUGGCUUCAAGAGUCCGAGCUACCACCGAUCUAACAAGCGCCGGAAAGAACUGCGACAGGGCUGGAAUAACAAGUACAGCUUCAACGUCUGCGUCACCUCCUAUACUCUCGCGAGUCGGGACACGCUCAUUUUCAAACGCAAGCCUUGGUACUACAUGAACCUCCAUGAGGCGCGCAUGAUCAAGAACUUCAAGUCCCAGCGGUGGAAUAUCUUAUUGAUGUUCCGCUCGUUUCGUCGGCUCCUUCUCACUGGCACGCCGCUGCAGAACCUCACGGAGCUAUGGGCGCUGUCGGGCACGAAUUUUGCCAAUCUCAAGGCAUUUGGGGAUUGGUUUUCGAGUAAGUUUCUCAAUCUGCAUACGGCCCUCCGCCCUUACCUCCUUCGUCGCCUCAAGCGUGACGUCGAGAAGGAACCGCCGAGCAAGUACGACCACCUCGUGCUCUGCCCGCUGUCCAAGCGGCAGCGCGUCCUGUACGACGAGUUCAUGGCCCGAGCGCAUACGCGGGAGGCGCUGCAGUCCGGCGUUUAUCAGAAGAUUGCGAAUAUUUCCAUGCAGCCGCGCAAGGUGUGCAACCACCCGGACCUGUUCGAGGUCCGGUCGAUCGUCACGUCGUUCGCGAUGACGCGUUCGGCAGUCGCGGGCUACGAGACCAAGGCGCUGCUUGUGCGCCGGCGGCUUAUGCAGCAGGAGGAGAACGACGACGAGCAGAGGGUCAGCCUCGGCUUUUUGGGGUUGAGGUUCGUCGACCACCAGGACGUGUCGGUGUUUGCGUCGCAUCAGGAAAAUGACAAGCCGCUUUACCGGCAUUAUCCUGACUUUGCCGAGAUGAACCUACUUUUUUGGUAUUUCCGACACUAG